ACAUUCUAGACAUAUCAUCUAGUCAAUCAACGACAAAAUGCUCAUCAUCAGAACCACCACCACCUCUCCUCCACCCUCUCUCUUCUCCCCCUCUCUCAUCACCUCUCUCCACCGCCUCUCUCUCUCUAAAAAAUCCCAUUUCUCUCCCGCCCCCACAACCACCCGCCCCUCCUCUCUCUACACUUCCCCCAAGAUGAACUUCCUCUCCAGACUCGGGUUCGGGUCAAAAACCCCCGCCCAAUCAUACUCCACCGAACCGUCUUCUUCUAUUGCUCUAGGACCCGACGAUGAUGUUCCGGGUCCGGGUCAGGCGUUCGCCCAGUUCGGAGCCGGGUGUUUCUGGGGCGUGGAGCUGGCGUUCCAGAGAGUGCCGGGUGUGAGUAAAACUGAAGUCGGGUAUUCGCAAGGUGUGGUGGAUAAUCCGAGUUAUAAUGAUGUUUGUUCUGGGACAACGAAACAUUCGGAGGUUGUUCGGGUUCAGUAUGACCCGAAAGAGUGUAGCUAUGGGAAUUUGCUUGAUGUGUUUUGGUCUAGACAUGAUCCUACCACACUUAAUCGUCAGGGAGGUGAUGUUGGCACACAAUAUCGUUCUGGAAUAUACUACUACACACCUGAGCAAGAGAAGGAAGCAUUAGAAAGCAUGGAGAGACAGCAGAAGCUCUUGAACAGGAAGAUCGUCACCGAGAUUUUACCUGCCAAAAAGUUUUAUCGGGCGGAGGAGUAUCAUCAGCAAUACCUUGCUAAGGGUGGCAGAUUUGGUUUUAGACAAUCCACUGAGAAAGGCUGCAACGACCCUAUUAGAUGCUAUGGUUAAGUUAUAAAAUCUUGGCUAUAGAUACAGCAUGUUUAUAUUAUAAAAUUUAUACCACAGACCAAAGAAUGUGAUAAUUUGUGUUUAUGCCUCAAUUCUCAGGACGACUGUUUUGUAUCUAUCUAUAGAUUUUACAACCUUUGCAAUACUGACGGGCUUGUACAUGUGACGGUCUUUUAAAUAAUAUGUGUACGGGCUUUUUUUGA